AGUGGGGACAAAUCAUCAUGUUUCAAACAUUUUAUUUUAACAAAAGAACAAAACAUUUACGUUUAUGGCUUUCAAAACAACAUAAGACUGUGUACAAUUUUAUUGCUCCCAUUUGUAACAUUUAGUGGCACUAGUACUUGUAUCUUGCAUCAUAUUUAAAAGAAAAUAGCAGCUUGCAUACUCAAGUCGAUAGAAUUUCUUAUUUAAUUGAUCAAAAGUGUUUGCAAUGUAUUGCAUAUACUCACUAUAAAUAAUUAUAUUCAAGUUUUCAUCUUUUUUUUUUUAGCUUUCGAUUUCGUGAUGGAUUAGAUAUUUCAUGAUCAUUUAAUACAACGACAGUUUCAACAGUGAAAUAUUAUAAUCACCAUUACAACGAGAGGUUCUGGGUUCUUCAAGACUGAAUUACUAGACUUAGAAGUUGCUCAUUAGUACAGUACACUAGCGAGACAGGAACCUUGAUUUUACACCCUUGAUUUUACAAAAAUUAUUAUGACUGAUCAUCUGAAAAAAAAAACCCUUUCAUAUCAAAUAGAAAAGUAAAACUUCCACUGAUUUUUUUCUUAAAUUAUUGAUUUCAUCUUUUAAAAAAAUAGUUCUUACGUUUUGUGCAACUGUUUUACAUUUUGUACAUAGAAAAUAAUGAUCUCUUGUAAGAAAUCAAAACAGGGUUCAGAAUCAUUGUCUAUAAUUGAAAUGAGUUAAAAUCAUUGAACCAAACACAUCUAUUGCUAACAAUCCUUUCAGUUUUACUGGUUGUAGCAUGCACAAUAUCUAUAAAACCGUUGCUCAAGUUUUAUGGACCAUAAUAAGUCUUUCAAUGAGCAAUAAGUGGUUUGUUUGCGCCCUUGUGAAGAUCGUUCCUAUUAAAUUAAGUUCACCUUCCUUUUUCAGUUUUGGUGCUGUUUAGCCUAUCAGGGGACAGCUUUUUGGCGCGGAGGGUCCACAAUGGGCCUUUCCCAUAUUGCAUGCUGGAACGGAGUUAAUAAUAUUGAAGUCGGUGCAGUUCUGUUGAAGGUUUCCGAUGAGACUCAACGACUCCACGCAAUAUGGACAUGUGCUUUAUUACAAUUAAAUAAUAGUUAUGUGGUGUUUAUUCAAUCUUCCACUUAUUAGGCAGAAAUUGAAUUACAUCGCGUAGGUUAGGUCUAACAUUUUUUAAAAUACUAAUUAUAUCACAUCAUUCGAUCGUCCUUAUCUCCUACAACAAAGACCUGUAUUCCAGCGCCAGUCCCAAGAGAGGCGCUAAUGAAAAUUGAAUCUUCAUAUAAAAUAGUAUUGCCUACAAAUUGAUUUUCCAACCUCGGCUGUCUGAGGGAAAAAACACAACACGAUUUAUAUUACAUUUUUAACCGCAUUGCCCAUCUUGGGUGAUGACAGAAGAACGAAAUGUGUAAAUGUGUAAAAAAAAAAAAAAAAAAAAGUACUCACAAAAAUGUAACAAAUACAUGUAAUUGUGCACUGCACAUUUGCGAAAACCCAUUAAACAUUUAAUUUAAUAGCCACUUGCACGUCUCACAAAAUAAAUGCGGUUGUCCAAUGAAUCGAUUUUUUCAUUGUAUUCUAUUUCCUUGCUAAGGUAUUUUUUUCACAAAAUCUACAUGCCUUUUAAAUGCUUUCGUUGAUUUUUUUUAAAAAAAAAAAAAAGGAAAAAAGGUCCAGUAGACGGUAAUUCUUCCCAAACUAGAACCUCGUGGGUUAAUCUUCGGACAGAUGCGUGACUUCUCUUGCCUGCUUGAUAAAUUGUUAAUGAAUCUCGGUUCACUGGAGAGGUAAUUGCACGUGGUUUUCUUGCGAAGAAGCAUCGUCGGCAAAAGAUAAGAAAAGUGGCGGACUCGUGUAACUCCUAAAAAUUUCCGGAGACCAGCAAUACGAACUGUCCGGUACUGCGAAUAAAUGCAAUCUUUCCGUGCGAGGUUUUGGGUUUUACAAAGAAUUUAAUCCAUCGUCUGGUGGAUGUUUUUUCUUGUAAACUUCUCUUACUUAUUGGAUACGAACUGAUCUGGUGAACCAGCGAUACAGUUUUCAACUGUACAAAUGUUAGCGCGAUGAAAGUUAGCCUUGAUUGGAUAAUGAAAAUUGUUAUUGAUCCAAUCGAAUAGCUCUUUAUUAUUGUGCAUUAUAACUAGAAAUGUGGUGAUAAUAUUUGGAAAGGGGAUGGAAAUCUGGAGGAUCCAUGCAUAUAAUUUUCCCCAUUAGCAUACAUUCUGGGAUAUCUAGCUAUUUUAAACUGUGGUUGUUCCUCGGAUAGAAGGAGACUGUGCGUUUUGGGUCUUUACUUCGAGAGUUUUCGAAAAUCAAACUUUGAUUCAGUUUUGCAACUUUACCAUUAUGGAAUUAACAACUACUGCCAAUUGCUUUGUCUUGUUUUCACUGAUUACCUUAUUCGGUAUUCAUAAAGGUCUCGGACAAUGGUCAGAUUGGUGGACGUAUUCAGGAUUUUCAGGUCCGUCUAAUUGGCGCAUCAAUAAAGACUGGAUUCUAUGCAGUGAGGGGAAAUUACAGUCCCCCAUAAACAUCUCGGCGGAGAGUCUGCUCUUCGAUCCAGGGCUCAAAAACAUCAUUGUGACGGGAAAUAAGGUUUCUGGGAAAUUGACAAACUUGGGAAAUGACGUGACAUUCUUCGUGAGCAGUACCGAUUCUGUGUCUUUCUCUUUGGGCCCCCUGCCUUACGUUUAUAAACUGUCACAGAUUAAGUUUCACUUCGGUCGGAAGGACGGAAUGGGAACAGAACACUCAAUUGACGGGAAACAAUUUGAUGCAGAGGUCCAUCUAAUGGCCUAUAACUCGGAUCUUUUUAAAAACUACUCGAUGGCUGAACGAGCGCCGAGGGGACUGACAAUAAUCUGUCUUUUUAUAAAGACUAGCAGAGAUACAACUCAUACAGAACUAAGCAAGAUUACAAAUAUGGUCAGCAAAAUUCAGUUCAGAGGUAACACGACUGAUAUCGAUGAAAUAUCUAUCCAGUCGAUUUUACCUGCCAACCUCCAGUAUAUGACGUACGAAGGGUCGGUGACGCAACCCGGUUGCUAUGAAACAGUCACGUGGAUACUUCUUAACAAACCCGCCUUUGUUGGAGAACAUCAGUUGAAUGCACUGCGGACUCUGAGGAUGGAUACCCCCGACCACCCACAAUUGUUCAUGUUUGAUAAUGUCCGACCCAUACAGCCUCUACACAGACGAACAGUCAGGACCAAUAUCAAUACGAAUAUCAAAUGCCCAAUCAAAAGAGAAGUUCAGUACAUGGUAAAUAAGAAUAUAAUCAAACAAUAGAAGAAAGGGAUGUUACAACUAAGUCUACCUCAGUCACCGAAGCAAUCAGUGUCCCAAUUUACCAAGGUGAAGUCCCAUCCUUGUCUUUCCGCCAGAUGCCAAAUAUUGUAUAUAUAUCCACGAUUUCCGCCGCCGGUGACCUUCUGUAUAUUUCCAUUGAUCUGUCAUUCAAUUUCAAUUUGGUGCUAUAUUUUACAUGCAUAUUUUUUUUUUAAAUUUUCAUUUCACUUUGGAGCUCGUGAUUAUACCCUAUGUUACAAGUUUAUGUUAGGAUAUCUAUGUUUAUGUACACGUAGUAAUAACAGAAAUUGAAUAAAAAAUUAUGAAAAACA